CUGAAGGAGGAUGAGGUGAGGGAUGUUGCUGCUCCUGCUGCUUUUGCUUCCUCGUGGACACGACUCUGCAGGUUCAGAACAUGGAUUUGUUGGUGCUAAUCAGGGAUGUUAAACGGGGCUUCUUUCUGUGAAUGGGAACAAAAUCAGGUGUGAACAUGGAGGCCUUUUCUGCUGAGUCAUGAGGACACCCUCGCUGAAAUGACAAUCCGACAAUUUACAUCAGUGAUGACCUCAUCCUGACACAUCCUCCUCUUCAUGGGCAAGAUGAUGAAUCACACUUUAUCGUCAACUGACCUGAAAUGAACUAUCUAGCGUGUUUUUGGUGAACCCUGACCCCAUCAAAUUAAGGAAUUAUGGGAGACGGGAGCUGGGUCUGUCUGAGCCCAGCUGAGUUCAACCAGUUGCAACACUACAGUGAAUACUCCACAAAGAAGUUAAAGGAUGUUCUCGAGGAGUUCCACGGUGAAGGAGUGCUCUCCAAAUAUAACCCUGAGCAGCCAAUUGACUAUGAGGGCUUCCAACUCUUCAUGGCCACCUACCUUGAGAACGACAUCCCAGAAGAGCUUUGUCGGCACCUCUUCACUUCCUUUAAGAGCAAGACAGGUGGUACCUCGCCCGAUCAGUGUCGAGCAGCAACGAGCUUAUUGGAGUCCUGCUCCAUUGAUGCUGGUAUCUCUAUUCACACCGAGGUGGCCUGUGCCCCCAUCACAGGCAUGAAUGGUAAAAGCAUCCUGUCAGCAAUGGGACGACACACGCCUGAGCUCGUCGGCAGCACUGGGGGUACCACUUCCCCUUGUUCCUCUCGCUCGUCCUCGCAGAGGUCCAGAAGCGGGGCCCACACGCCUGGGGGGCCCCACCGCUCCCCAUGCAGCCAGGUAAAGCCCUCCCCGAGCAGCAAUAACACCCUGACCUCCAACUCAGGCCCAGCCCGGUCGCCAGUGUCCCCGCCGAAACUCUCACCAGAGAGAAGCCGCUCAGAGAAGCAUUUGUCCGUGAGGAGGAGUCCAUCCCUCCUCAAAGGAUCCCCUCAGUCAGUGCCGCAUGUGGUCUUCCUUAAGGAUAUCGUCUGCUACCUCUCCCUGCUGGAACGUGGCACGCCAGAAGACAAGCUGGAGUUCAUGUUCUGGCUGUACGACACGGACGGCAACGGCGUCUUGGACAGUUCGGAGCUGGACCGCAUCAUCAAUCAGAUGGUGCAUGUUGCUGAGUAUCUGGAGUGGGACUCGACAGAACUACGGCCGAUUCUGAAGGAAAUGAUGGAGGAGAUUGACUACGACCGGGACGGCACAGUCACCUUGGAAGAGUGGAUCCGAGGGGGCCUGACCACUAUUCCCUUACUUGUUCUGCUAGGCAUGGACACGAACGUUCAGGAGGACGGCCAGCACGUGUGGCGCCUAAAGCACUUCAACAAACCGGCCUACUGUAACUUUUGUCACACCAUGCUUCUAGGUGUGCGCAAGCAAGGCCUCUGCUGCUCCUUAUGCAAGUACACGGUGCACGAACGCUGCGUCUCCAAAGACAUUGCUGCCUGCAUUAGCACCUACGCCAAGUCUCGCAGGCACACCAAUGCUAUGCAGCACGUUUGGAUGGAGGGCAACUCCCCCACUAAGUGUGACCGAUGUCACAGGAGCAUUAAAUGUUACCAAGGACUGACAGGCCUCCAUUGUGUGUGGUGCCAGAUCACUCUGCACAACAAAUGUGCGUCCCAUGUAAGGCCUGAGUGUGACGGAGGAGCCUUGAGGGACCAUACUUUGCUGCCCUCCUACAUUUGUCCUGUUGUCCUGGACCGGCAGUCCGUGGUGAAACGUGGUGAGAGCGAAUCCCCUCCCUGCACUAGCCCGGACGACAUCAACCAAAUGUUCAAAUUCUCCCCCGGAGACGGGCAAGCACUCCAGAUCUCUCCAUUUCCAGGCACUCACCCUCUACUGGUGCUGGUCAAUCCCAAAAGUGGCGGAAGACAGGGUGAACGGGUUCUCAGGAAGUUCCGUUACCUUCUAAACCCACGACAGGUGCACAGUUUGGACCAAGGUGGUCCAGCGGUCAGGCUCAACUUUUUCCAUGACGUCCCUGAUUUCCGAGUGCUUGCGUGCGGUGGGGAUGGCACGGUUGGUUGGAUCCUCGACUGUAUAGACAAGGCCAACUUUGCCCGGCAUCCACCGGUGGCUAUCCUCCCGCUAGGGACAGGCAACGACCUGGCACGCUGCCUACGCUGGGGGGGAGGAUACGAGGGCGGCAGUUUGCUAAAGUUCCUGCGAGACAUUGAGUACAGCAUCGAGGUGGUCCUGGACCGUUGGAACAUCGAUAUAGUGCCUGAUGACAAGGAGGAGAAAGGUGACCCGGUCCCCUAUAACAUCGUCAACAACUACUUUUCUAUCGGCGUGGAUGCCUCCAUUGCCCAUCGCUUCCACCUGAUGAGGGAGAAACACCCGGAGAAGUUCAACAGCAGAAUGAAGAACAAGCUGUGGUACUUUGAGUUCGGCACGACUGAGACCAUUUCAGCGACCUGCAAGAGGCUCAACGAGUGUAUAGAGGUCGAGUGUGAUGGAAUCAUAUUGGAUUUGAGCAACACCUCAUUGGAAGGCAUCGCCGUGCUCAACAUUCCCAGCAUGCAUGGUGGCUCCAACUUGUGGGGAGAGACCAAAAGGCGGCGGAACUACAACCGCAUGAGCAAGAAGGCUCCCGACAGGACGCAAGGCAGCACUGUUACUGAUCCAAAAGAGCUCAAGUUCUGCAUUCAAGACUUCAGUGACCAGCUGCUGGAGGUGGUGGGCCUGGAGGGCGCCAUUGAGAUGGGUCAAAUCUACACAGGGCUGAAGAGCGCCGGACGCCGCCUGGCUCAGUGCACCAAUGUCACGAUCAGGACAUCCCGUAGGCUGCCGAUGCAGAUUGACGGUGAGCCUUGGAUGCAGCCGCCGUGCACGAUCAGGAUAACCCACAAGAACCAAGUUCCUAUGUUACUGGGUCCACCUCAGAAGACGCCCUUCUUCUUUUUCAAGAAGCGCUCCCGCAGUCAGAACACAUGAACAUAUGAACACAUUCACAACAAACUCGCAAUGAAAUAAUGAUGAAUCACACAUAUGCACACACACACACACUGUACAGUAUACAGCAUAGGCAGCUCCACCAGAGCUGGAACUCUCCUAGUCUUGGCUCCAGUCAACUGCCAACGCAUGCCAAGCGCCUGCCAAUCAUGACGACAACUGCAAAGGAAGUGAUGAAAGGACAACAAGAGGAAGUCAUUCUACGGAGCCUGCAUAGAACAAGUUGCGUGAAACACCAUCCUAAAUAAUUUAGCAGCUUGUAUGAACGCUCGCUGCAGCUUCAUCCAUUAUUGAGCCCCUUUGUCAAGGGCUGGAUGGCAGCGGGUCAUCCAGAAUGGGAGCAAACAUGUGGGAACUUUUGCGUCCUUCUAAAUGUACCAUCAGACAGACUUUGGCGACAGAGGCUUUAAAUUUGAAAGUUGAUAUUUCGGUGGUCCAAUUACUGUACAUCCCCUCAGGGACUAACGGCUUGACCCCUCCAGGUUUUUAUGUACCAAAGCUAAAACUGCAAGCCCCCCUUUCUAAAUGCAUCUGUCUAUUUCGGGAAGGGCCUAAUUCACCUCCUACGAAACAUGAAGCCUGAUUAUCCCGGGGAACGGUGGCUUUGUGCUGCCAAUGUCCUAAAUACUGUAAAUGUCAAUUUGUACAACUACAGUGGUAUGAAAAAUAUCUGAACCUUCUGGAAUUUCUCGCAUUUCUGCAUAAAAUCACCAUCAAAUAUGAGCUGAUCGUUGUCAAAAUUACACAAAUGUAAAAACUGUCUGCUUUAACUAAAACCAACAUAUUUUAAUGAGGAUAGCAUGCAAACAAUGACAGAAGGGGAAAAAUAGUACGUGAACCGUCUGCCAAAGGAGAGUUAAAGCGCAAUUGAAACCAAUUUUUACCAAACAAUUUAAGUCAGGUAUGUGCCCAAUCAAUGAUGAGUGGUUUAAAGCUGCCCUGCCCACUAUAAAACACACACCUGGUAAGAAUUGUCCUGAUGAGAAGCAAUGUCUGAUGUGCAUCAUGGCUUGGUCAAAAGAGCUGUCUGAAGACCUGCGAUCAAGGAUUGUAUAUUUUUAUAAAGCUGGGAAAGGAUACAAAACCAUCCCUAAAAGUCUGGAUGUUCAUCAAUCGACAGUCAGAAGUUUUCUACAAAUGGAGAGAGUUUGGCACUGUUUCUUCUCUCCCAAGGAGUGGCCGUCCACCAAAGAUGACGCCAAGAGUUCAGCGCAGAAUACUCAGAGAGGUAACAAAGAACCCUUGUGUGUCUGCUAAAGACAUUCAGAAAUCACUGGCACAGUCAAAUAUUUCUUUGCACACAUCAACUAUAUGUAAAACUAUGGCCAAGAAUGGUGUUCAUGGAAGGACUCCACGGAUGAAGCCACUGCUGUCUAAAAAAACGUUGUUGCUUGUUUAAUGUUCAUAAAAAGGCACUUGGGCAGUCCACAUAGGUUUUGGCAAAAUAUUUUGUGGACUGAUGAAACCAAAGUUGAUUUGUUUGGGAGUAACACACAACGUCAUGUGUGAACGAAAAACGGAACAGCUCAUCAAUAUCAAUACCUUAUCCGCACCGUGAAGCAUGGUGGAGGGAGCAUCAUGAUUUUGGGCUGUUUUGCUGCCUCAGGGCCUGGACAACUUGUAAUCAUUCAUUUAAGAAUGAAUUCAGGAAAACCUGAGGCCGUCUGUCAGACAGUUGAAGCUAAAAAGAGAAUGGAUGCUGCAACAAAGCAAUGAUCCAAAACACAGAAAUAAGUCAAUUUUAGAAUGGUUUCAGAAGAACAAAAUAUACAUUUUGCAAUUGCCAAGUUAAAGUCCAGACUUGAACCCCAUUGCGAUGCUAAAGACAGCAAUUCAUGCGAGGCAUCCCAGGAAUCUGACUGAACUACAGCAGUUUUGUAGAGAAGAAACGGCCAAGAUUAUUCCUGAUCGAUGUGCCAGACUGAUCUGCAGCUACAGGAAGCGUCUGGUUGAAAUUAUUUCUGCCAAAGCAGGGCCCACAAAAUAUUAAAUGUGAUGGUUCAUUUACUUAUUUUUUCCCCCUUCUGUCAUUGUUUGCAUACUAUCCUCAUUAAGAUAUGAAAACUGUUUGGGUGGUUUUAGUUAAAGCAGACACAGUUUUUUCAUCUGUUUCAUUUUGACAAAGAUCAGAUCACAUUUGAUGGUAAUUUUAUGCAGAAAUGUGAGAAAUCCCAAAAGGUUCAGAUACUUUUUCAUACCACUGUAUACCAUAUGGGUGCAGUAGAUGAGUAUUUGUAUAUAUCAAGAAUGUAGGAUUAGUUCACAUGUACUGUGCAUAUAAGUGUGUUUUAAUAUAUCCUUGUAAUUAUUAGCUCAGCACGUCCUAUCAGUGUUGUUCACCGUGACCAGUGGCUUGAGAGAUUUUCCCCUCAAGUCGAAUUCGCACACAAUUGUUUUUUAAAAUUCAGAGUCGUUUCAUUUGAAAAUCUCGGAAUAAACAAACUAUCUCGACUUGAAAUUACUUUGUGAUUGUGACUCGUUGCCGGUCACUGAUUUCAGUAUCUACGGAAUGCUGAUCAGCUGUUUGAAAUUCCACUAAGGGAGCAAUAUGUAAGCCUGGUGGCCAAAAAUGGUAUUGCAACAGGGAUCAAAAUACUAGCCUGAAGUGAAAUUCAUCUCUUUCCUUCCCAUUCGGGCUGCUAGAUAAGUGCUUUGCAAUGGAGAAUCAGCUGCGUGAUCAUGCCAAUGUUGCAUUUCAAUCAGAAACUCGAAAAUUGGAUUUCUGGAGGAAUUGCAUUGGAAUGGGAAGCUUUGCUGUGCUACUCUACACACAAGUACACAUGUUUGUAGUACUACUAAAGUGGUACCUCGACAUACAAACAUCUCUACAUAUGGAAUUUUCAGGUUACGACACAAAAUAAUACAGUAUGGGCUGCUACUUGCAGCAAAGUUUACUGAACGUAACAUACUUACUGUUAUUGGCUAUUACCUAGCAUCUUUCUGGCAUCCCAUUGGCUAAGAUUGACCUCUACUGUAUGUGUAAGUUUGUAUCCCAGCGUCCUCUUCAUUCCCCCCUCGGGCCAUGAGGUGUCCCGUCUGUUUGUGUGAGUGUAUUCACUUUUAUUCCCUAUUGACCCAAAGAAAGUGACGGUGAAAGGAAGAACAAACAAUUAUUUUUUUGUCCAACCAAACGAAACGAGAUCAUGAAAAAGUAAGAACGAGAGAUGCGUUUGGCUGAUCUCGCCAAAGAUUAUCCACUGCUCAAACACACCUCCUGAAAACUAGUUAAGUUCCCUAGUUUUCAAUGUAAAUCUACUAGAAAUAAGUGAGAUUAUCUGCCAGUGCUUCAAUUAAAUUUUUACUUAACUAUGAUUUGUUCAAAUAAGAAAAAUAGCUAGGGUUUCAUUAAGCUGAAAAUAGGCUUAACAGACUUAUUUCACGCAAAAAUUAGCAUAGAGUGGUACCUCUACAUACGAAGUUAAUUUGUUCCAGGACCUUGUUUGUAAGUCAAAAUGGUCGCAUGGUCUAGCAGGAUUUUCCCAUAAGAAGACAUUAUAAUUCCAAUAAUGUUUUUCCACAGCCCGAAAACCUACACUAAAUCCUUAAUAUAUGCUGCAGGUACUAGUGCAAAUAGCAAUUACACAGAGCAAAACAAAAUCAGAAUAAUAACAUAAUGAUAGUAAUAAUAACAAUAAUAUCUGUAACGAAUCGGGUUCUAAUGUGGCGGAUGUGUUUUGCGUGGUGUACCUGAACGCACCGCGUAGCUGACUUAACAGAGUGAGGGAGAACUUUUUACUUUCACUUUUUUCAGCUGCGGUGGACAUAGACAGUAGGCAUGUUGUGUUGCAGAAGUUCUGAAAUAAACGAUUAAAAACCUGACUCAGCUAGCCAUUUUUUUAGGCGAUGUUACCACAGUAAUAAUUGUCACCUUAACUCAUAAAGACUGGUGAACAGAGGUCGGAGGAAGACCGUCGAGAUUGUAGACAUUCUAAAGCCGUAUUGUCGAGCCAAUUCACGGACGUUUACACUACGUUCAUAUUUUUUCAACAUUUCCAUCUUCAUUUCAAGUGUAAGCCUCCCCUUUUUCUUUUUUUCACCACCUGCAGUAACAUUCUUGGGAACCCAUGUUGAUUUCUCUGUUCUUUUCUCCAUGUUGAAAUCCGCCAUGCGCCCGUCUUGUGGGAAAACAAAGAAACUGCGGCGCUGUCGUAAAUCGUCGUAUUUCGAGCAUUUCGUCGGAUGUAGAAACAAAUUGUGAGUCGAAUUUUUACGUCGGAUGUCAAAAAGAACGUGUGUUGAAGCGAUCGUAUGUCGAGGCAUCACUGUAUUUAAUAUUGUUAAAAAAGCUUAAACGCUGAUUUUUUGUCACAUUUUGUGUAUAAUAGGAAAGAAUACUUAUGCUAAGCAGCAAAUUAAGAAUAUUAAGGCUUUAAAGGGGAAAAAAACAAGCAACACAUCACGUAUGUUCAAUCUUUAAAAAAAAAAAAAAAAAAGGAUAAAACACUCUAAGCAACAUGUUCCUUAGCACAAGCAAUAGAUAAAAAAAAUAGAUAAAAUUCUACGCAACAAAUCUAGGAAAUUAAACCUUAAAAAAGCCUAAAUCACUCAUUUUAAAUUGUGAAAUAAACUUGAAACACAUCUUUUCUAAGCUUAAAAUGUUCUAUUUUUUACUUAACAUUAAAAAAAAAACAAUUCUGUUCAGAAGUUUGAGAUGAUCUGUGUCAAUAAAAGUGAUUUGUUGUGAUACAGUAAGUUAUAUUAGAGUGUUUCUUAUUUUAUGGUGAGAAGAGUAAAUGCGUCAGAAAUGUUCUUUAGAAUAGAUAUUGUUCAAGACAUUAUUUGAAAGCAAUUUUUUCUUGAUUUAGCUGAAAAAUGACCAACUUUUGAGAUUUAUGGGCUUAAUAAAAACAAAUAGUCAUUUUCACUUAAAGUACAGCAAUGGAAUAAUCUUACAUAUUAAUUUGUUAACUAGUGUUUAACACUUAAAACAAGAUGGAGAAAAUUAUUUGUCUAGAUUUUAAAAAUAAUUUUAUUAAGAUGGUAUAAAUUCACAUUGUGGCCUUAUCUAAAUUUAACAUGUAUUUCUGAAUUUUCAGUUUACGAAACUACUUCCAGAGCCAAUUAAUUUCGUAAGUAGAGUUACCACUGUCCAUGUACUGUUGUGUAGUUCUAGUACACAAACUUGCAGUACUAGUACAGGCAACUAUAUGUGUUUGUAGUACAAGUACACAUACUUGUAGAACUAUUACAGGAAAGUACAUGUGUUUGUAGUUAUAGUAAAAGUACUUCUAGUACAAGUACACGCGCUUGUAGUACUACUACAGGCAAGUACACGUGUUUGUAGUACAAGUACACAUACUUAUAGGACUAGCAAAGGAAAGUACAUGUGUUUGUUGUAGUAGUAAAAGUACUUCUAGUACAAGCACAUGCACUUGUAGUCCUCGUACAGGCUAGUACAAGUAUUUGUAGUACAAGUACACACAAGAACAUGUACUUUUAGUACGAGUAAAAGUAGUAUAUAUAUGUGUGUGUGUGUAUAUGUAUAUGUGUAUAUAUACAGGGACUUGCAAAAGUAUUCGGCCCCCUUGAACCUUGCAACCUUUCGCCACAUUUCAGGCUUCAAACAUAAAGAUAUGAAAUUUUAAUUUUUUGUCA